AUUAGUACGGAACAAUUUGCGAAAUUAGGUUAUCAAGCGAACUGUUUCUAAUGAAAAUCGCAUAAUUGCGUCAAAGUGCCAUCAUCCGUGUGUGUGCUUUUCACGCAUGAGAUCUUGUCCGCUUUACGGUGUCCGACAUUGAAAAUAUGCAUCGGUUUUGCCAUUUUUCGCCGCACCAUUAUAACAGUAUUAUGGCUAAAUUACCGCUUAAUAGUUCAAUUAAAUUAACGGGCGACGGCGUGAUGAUGCGUUUUAGUGCAAUACUAGUGCGCGCCCUGUUCAUAUUUUGCCUGCCAGUGGGGUCGCAACUUGCCGAUGAAAGCGCCACCACCUUGCCCACCCCUAUGGACACCACCCAGCCGCCCAUUGGUCCGUUUAGCGUGGAGAUUCUAGCCAUUUUUGUGCCACCCGGUAUCAGUAAUGCCGUGCAAGUGGUGUGGGGGGGCGAUGGUAUGCCGAACGGCGCUAAUCUCACCUAUGGCGUCUACUUUGGCUCAGAAGAUGGCGACUUGGAAUAUCCGAAGCUGACCACGCCCAAUGUCAGCGCCCUCAUUAUCGACCUGCAGUACUGCACCAAGUACAACUUUGCCGUUACCGUACUGGAUGGGGGCGCCACAUCCGACACCGUUAAAAUUAACCCGAAUACUGUCAGAACUGUCAUUACAGGGGCCGAGCAGCUGGCGCCCCCUUUAAAUCUCACG